GCGAGCAGGAGCCGGCAGCGGGAAGCGGCCUCCGUCCGGGCCGCGCGGGGCGAGGCGAGGCGGGGCGGGGCCGGGCGCGACGGGAAGGGGAGGCCGCGCGAACCCGGAGCCGCGCCGCGCCAGCCGGGCUGCAGCCGCCGCGCAUCGAGCGCCGCGAUGGGGCUGGAGACCGAGAAGGCGGACGUCCAGCUCUUCCUGGACGACGAAUCCUACAGCCGCCACAGCGGCGUCGACUACGCCGACCCCGAGAAGUUUGCGGACUCGGACCUCGACCGGGAUCCCCACCGGCUCAACUCGCAUCUCAAGGUGGGCUUCGAGGAUGUGAUCGCAGAGCCGGUGUCUACGCACUCCUUUGACAAAGUGUGGAUCUGCAGUCAUGCCCUCUUUGAAAUCAGCAAAUACGUGAUCUACAAGUUCCUGACGGUGUUCCUUGCUAUCCCCCUGGCCUUCGUUGCGGGAAUUCUCUUUGCCACCCUCAGCUGUCUGCACAUCUGGAUUAUAAUGCCUUUUGUAAAGACCUGCCUAAUGGUCCUGCCUUCAGUGCAGACAAUAUGGAAGAGUGUGACAGAUGUUGUCAUUGCCCCAUUGUGUACAAGCGUGGGACGCAUCUUCUCUUCUGUCAGCUUACAACUGAGCCACGACUGAACACUUGGACCCCAGGUCUGGAGAUUUAGAUACUGUAAUACUUCUUUGUUGUUAUAACAUAAAAGCACUACUGUUCUGUUCAUUCCCCAACUGUUCUAAUUAAGAAAACUAUUAAGAUUGGCAAUCACACUUAGAAAUGUUUACUGGCAGAUCUUUUCAAAUAAUGCUUUUCUAAUUAAUAGCCAAGUAUUUCAUAUCUAACUUUAUAACCGGAAUUGUACAGUAGGUUGGCAACACUUAAUUUUAAAGGCAACACUUUAUUUUGCUUUAGUACAAAAGUAUGCCUAUUAUAAUGAUGAAUUUAUAAGGAUCAAGGGACAUUUCUCUCAAAUGCUACAACAGUUUUGUGCACAACUGCUCAUAAAAAUAUGGGAUUUCUUAUUUUUUUUUCCUCUGUAAGUAAUACUUUUAAAAUUACCUUUACAGAUAAAGUCAUGGGAAUACUUAGAGAUAAGAUAUACAGAUAUCCUAGAAAUUGCAGUAACAAAAGCAUACAGUGGUGAUAGGGGCUAUCAAGUAUAAAAAACAAAUGUGAAAAUAGAUUCAUGAAAAUGUAUUCCUUUAAAUAAGGUAUUGUUAACCUACAAGCCUAUUUAAUGAGGUGUUUCAUUUUACUGUAUAUUUUGUACUUAAUGUAAAUGUUGCUCUAAUCAGAUUGCUUUCAAGCACUUUUAUUAUAUUUGUUAUCUUGUCAAACUAAUAUAUAGAAUGAGAAAAUAUAUCUCCUGUGAAGAACUUCAUUGGUGAGAUUGCACUGUCUUGAUUAUGUAAGCAUAUAUAUCUAUUUUGGGAAUAGAAUGUAAAAGAAUGAUAUACAAGGCUUUUCUUUCUACCUUUUUCAAGCAAAAUCCUGAAAUGUUUUAUGGCUGAUGUUUAUCUGGCUGUGAUCUUAAAAUAAGCCAAAUUUAAUUGUAGUUCUUUCUCUCUUGUAGUUAGAAAUGAAACCUAUAUUCUGCAAUCCUAUUAGUGUUUCACUUUACCUUCAAGUAAUACGGGUGCUAUUUAAUAACAUUUUAUAAUAAAGGCUAUUUCUGACACUUAAAUAUGAUUUCAACUACAGUGAUUCAUGGAGAGAAACUUACAGGAGAGUUGUCAACUUGUUGAGUCCCUGCUACUGAGUUGUCUAAUACAGGUUUUGUUACACAGUGUAAAAUUAUUCUUAUCAUUUUUGACCUGUAGAGUCCUAUUUCAAUGUUAUGAGUCACUGUUUUUUAAAAAAAUCUCUAUUCCAAAAUGAUAGGCAUGUACAAAAGAUAUCUGUGAUAUAAGUGGUUACUUUAAUUUACACAUCUUAAAAGUGUGUAAAUGCGGGCUGGCCCCGUGGCUUAACGGUUAAGUACGUGAGCUCUGCUAUG